UCACCGCGAAACUUAGGACUCGAUUUUGAAAUCACACCCAACCCAAUCCGCUCUCUGAUCUUAACAAAAAUUAGAAACUCUACAAUCUACGCUCAGUGGCCGUCGACUUCGUUCUUGUCUUGAUUAGCGCUUCAAUUCUCUUGCGUUCUCUGAAUUCGUUUUGGGCGUUCUCUGGGUUUGAUUCGGUUUUCGGCGGGCUUCCAUCUUUCGCUUCAACGGCUGCCGGAAACCCUAGUUUUCCAACGGCUUUGAUUUUGUGCACCCGUUAAUCUACUUGCUGGAAUUUUCAUAUUCUCUCUGUUUCAUUUUUGUCUGGGUUUUGCAUACUGAGUGAUCCAUUUGCAGGAGUUCUUAUUUUUUGCUUAUUGUUAUGUUGGAUAUUUGCAGGAUAUUUGAUCUUUAGUCUCUCUCUCUCUCUCUCUCUCUCUCUCUCUCUCUCUCUCUCUGCUUUUUUGUUAUUGUUUUUAUUUCACAUAUAUAUAUAGUCUUGUGGCAUCUUAACAUAACAAUGAGGUCUUCAUAUACCUUGGGGUCACAGUCUAGGUGCCCUCUUGAAGAACGGCUUCUUCAGAAAAAGAAUUCUCGGGAAAAUUUGGACAGGUUCAUACCAAAUAGGUCUGCAAUGGAUUUUGAUUUUGCUCAUUACAUGCUUACUCAAGGUAGGAAAGGUAAGGAAAACCCAUCUAGAUAUGGAAGAGACUAUAGGAAGCAGUUGGCAGAGGCUAUGAACAUGAAUCGCACUAGAAUCCUCGCUUUCAAGAACAAGCCUCCUGCCCCUGUAGAGCUUUUCCCGAGCUACUUCUCUUCUUUGCCACAGGAUAAACCGGCAAACCCUAAGCCACACAGACACAUUCCUCAAACUUCAGAGAGAACACUGGAUGCUCCUGACCUUAUUGAUGAUUACUACCUGAAUUUGUUGGAUUGGGGAAGCUCCAAUGUUAUUGCAAUAGCUCUUGCAAACACAGUUUAUUUGUGGGAUGCUACUGAUUGUUCUACUUCGGAACUGGCCAGAUUUGAUGUUGAAAGGGGACCUGUUACCAGUGUCAGUUGGGCUAUUGAUGGACGCCACAUUGCCAUUGGACUGGACAAUUCCGAAGUACAGCUAUGGGAUUCAACUGCAAAGCAGUAUCUGAGAACCUUGAGAGGUUGUCACAGAUCACGGGUAGGCUCACUAGCAUGGAACAAUCACAUUCUUACAACUGGAGGAAUGGAUGGCCGCAUUGUAAACAAUGAUGUAAGAAUUAGAUCGCACAUUGUUGAGACGUACAGAGGACAUGAACGCGAGGUUUGUCGGCUUAAGUGGUCAGCCUCAGGGCAGCAAUUAGCAAGUGGAGGAAAUGAUAACCUGCUCCAUAUAUGGGACAACAGAUCAGUGGCACCAACACAGUGGCUUCACAGGCUUGAAGACCAUACAGCUGCUGUAAAAGCCCUUGCUUGGUGUCCUUUCCAGAGAAAUUUGCUUGCUUCUGGUGGAGGUGGGAAUGAUCGGUGCAUAAAGUUCUGGAACACUCACACAGGUGCUUGCCUGAACUCGGUGGACACUGGCUCUCAGGUUUGUGCUUUGCUGUGGAAUAUGAAUGAACGAGAACUGCUUAGCUCACAUGGGUUUACUCAGAAUCAGCUUACUCUUUGGAAAUAUCCAUCAAUGGUUAGAAUUGCAGAACUCACGGGUCAUACGUCUAGAGUCCUUCAUAUGGCUCAGAGCCCAAAUGGUUGCACAGUAGCAUCAGCAGGUGGUGAAACACUGAAAUUAUGGAAUGUUUUUGGGGACCCUGAGGAGGUUAAACCAGCUCCACGACCUCCCAAAGAGCCUUUUGCCCAAGUGAGUCGUAUCCGCUGAACAAGAACAUGAGAACUUACAUCAGAUGGAGAUUUAUGAACCAAAAACUUCAAUAAAGUUUGGGAUGCAGAACUGGAACUUCGAUCAGUACUAUUUUUUUUAGCGCAAGUUGAAAUGAAAUGAAAAGCUUCAGCAAAAGUCUCAAACAGUUGCAGUGCUUACACAAACAGCGAUCUUAGGCCAUAUUCUUUCUCAAUUCCCCUGUAGGAAGAGUGAUGGGAAAUAGGAAAUCUUUGUACUAUUUAGUUAGUAAUGGAUUUCAAGAAAUCCUUGAAAUCAUAGACAUCAAUAAAGCUAGAACUGAUCUCUUUUCCCAGCAAAAUAGAAUUCCAAUUUUGGAAUCACACCCCUGCCCUGAUAUAUGCUUAUGGUUGUCUCGUUGAUCGCUCCGAUUAGGUGACACCAGUAUGCCAAAGAGGCCACCGAAACCGAAGGGGGAACUUUGUUUUUGAAGAAUCAAGUAAUGUGGAGCUGUUGGUGCUGCAGGCAGCAUAAUUAGUACUAGCAUUUGCCUAGAUUCUAUUAUGUCUCAUUUUGAUGACCUAUGUAUUAAACUAGCUUCCUAGCAGCAAUGACAUUGUUAAUGUUCUUCCUUAACACUUCCUGCUUUUUUUGGGUAGUGUGUUCCCUGAAUUUUCAAUCUCCUCUCUAUAAGGUUUCUCUU